AUUUCCCCCAAAUCCGACACUUAAUUGAGCAACCGGGACACCUCACGUGCAGGACUGAUUUGUAGUUUGAACACGUGGCUCAUUGAAAAAGGCAGAAGAACUUAGGGUUUUUUUGUUUCCCGUUCUCUCGAUGUUAUUAAGAGUCGGUGCCUACACAAACGUGUGUGACAGUUUAGUCGCAUCACCAAAGAAUAAAGAAACUUUCUCUAUCUUCCCGGUCCUUGCCUCGCAGAGGUGACGGAAUAAAUAAUUCAGCGCGUUUAAAUCGAGAGGAAACGCGAGUGCGCGCAAGCACGGCGGCGAUCUCGUCCAUCAAAUAUCUCUGUAGCUUGGAGUGAUUGGGAGAACACUCCCAGACCCUCCGCUGAGCGACAGUGCGGUUCUCUCUCUCCAAACACUGCCCAUCUGAGCGACGCGAUAAAGGGCUGCCCUCUGCAACACGGUCGCUCUUUUCCGUAUACAACAAAAUGAAUAAGCUCUACAUCGGGAACGUGAGCGAGCAGGCGAGCGCGCUGGACUUGGAAAGUAUCUUUGAGCAGUGGAAGAUACCUUUCAGUGCACCCUUUCUCGUAAAAAGCGGCUACGCGUUUGUGGAUUGCCCCGACGAAAAGGUAGCGAUGAGGGCCAUUGACACUCUUUCAGGGAAAGUAGAACUCCACGGAAAAGUCUUAGAAGUGGAGCACUCUGUCCCUAAACGACAAAGGAGCUGCAAGCUGCAGAUCAGGAAUAUCCCACCUCACAUGCAGUGGGAAGUUUUGGAUGGGUUGUUAGCGCAGUACGGCUCAGUGGAGAGCUGUGAACAAGUCAACACUGACACAGAGACUGCUGUUGUCAACGUGCGAUAUGCUGGCAAGGACCAAGCCAGAGAAGCAUUGGAUAAAUUAAAUGGCUUCCUUAUGGAGAACUACGCACUAAAGGUUUCCUAUAUCCCAGAUGAGACUGCUGCAGCGGAUGCCCCUGCUGUGGGUGGCAGGAGAGGUUUCAACCCACGUGGCCCGCCUCGCCAAGGCUCUCCCAAUCUUGGCGCAAGACCUAAACUACAGUCAGACGUGCCUCUACGCAUGUUGGUGCCCACCCAGUUUGUAGGAGCUAUUAUUGGCAAGGAAGGUGCUACCAUCCGCAACAUAACCAAGCAGACUCACUCAAAGAUUGAUAUCCAUCGCAAGGAGAACGCAGGGGCAGCGGAGAAGCCCAUCACUGUUCACUCUACACCAGAGGGCUGCAGUUCUGCCUGUCGAAAUAUCAUGGAGAUCAUGCAGAAAGAGGCAGUCGACACCAAGAUGUGUGCUGAUACACAAACACUCACUGAAGAAAUCCCUCUGAAGAUUCUGGCUCAUAAUAACUUCGUCGGCCGCCUGAUUGGAAAAGAGGGACGCAACUUGAAGAAAAUCGAACAAGAUACUGACACAAAGAUCACAAUCUCGCCUCUGCAGGAUCUGACAUUGUAUAACCCAGAGCGCACCAUCACCGUCAAGGGUACAUUAGAAGCUUGCGGAAAAGCAGAAGAAGAAAUCAUGAAGAAAAUCCGUGAGUCCUACGAGAAUGACGUAGCUGCCAUGCAUCUACAAUCUAACCUGAUUCCAGGGCUCAAUUUGAACGCGUUGGGUAUUUUUCCCGGUGCAGCGAGUGGAGGGAUGUCACCAUCUGUAGUAUCAGGACCUCCAGCUGGGGCUCAAGCUGGCUAUCAAUCAUUUGGGUGCAGCGUGUUUGGGGGUGAGGUGCCAUUUUGGGCCUCUACUCUCUCCUCCAGCAGCAGCACAGCCUUUUCUCAGCCACAGGUGGAGUCAGAAACCGUGCACCUCUUCAUUCCUGCUCUGGCAGUUGGUGCUAUUAUCGGCAAGCAGGGCCAGCACAUUAAACAGCUCAGCCGCUUUGCUGGUGCAUCAAUCAAGAUUGCACCUGCUGAUGGAAUUGACACCAAGCAAAGAAUGGUUAUUAUUACUGGACCACCAGAGGCACAGUUCAAGGCUCAGGGACGUAUCUUUGGGAAGUUAAAAGAGGAGAACUUCUUUGGACCGAAGGAAGAGGUUAAAUUAGAGGCUCACAUAAAAGUGCCAUCAUUCGCCGCUGGCAGAGUCAUUGGCAAGGGAGGCAAAACGGUGAAUGAACUACAGAACUUGACCAGUGCAGAGGUGGUUGUCCCGCGGGACCAGACGCCUGAUGAAAAUGACCAAGUAGUAGUAAAAAUCACAGGCCACUUCUAUGCAAGCCAGCUGGCCCAGAGGAAGAUCCAGGAGAUUAUCUCUCAGGUGAGGCGGCAACAGCAGCCCAAGGCCUCGGCCACAGGUCCACCAGUCGCCCGGAGGAAAUAGAGCCACUGCGUCUUCUUGGAGACUGAAAGGACAUGGGACGCGUCCAUCUCAGGGGUCAGGGAAUGUCCUUACAACCCCGCCCGCUUUUACACCCAUUCCUCCUGAAGUUUCAGUGAGAUUGUGUACACCUGCACUUCCCCGCACCACAAUCCCCCCUUAAAACAAAUCCUAAGAAAGUCAGCCACCCAGUCCUUGCCUUAAUACGGUAACUGCACAGACCUUAAUUGACACAUGUUGAACUUUGUUUUGGUUAUGAGUUUAUUGGGAAAUGCAGCAUUUGAGUGUAAAGGGCUUUUCAAGCCUGUUUUUGGGGUAAGGAAUGGGUGACACAGGGUGGGGUUUAAGGUCUUUGGCUUGAGAUGGAAAGAGGAAUUUUGACGCAAGUACGCUGUCCUGGGAUCCAUAGUGGCAUUUUAUAAAUUCUGAUGCAUUUUAUAGAUGAAUGAAUGAAUAUAUAUAUAUAUAUAUAUAUAUAUAUAUAUAUAUAUAUAUAUAUAUAUAUAUAUAUAUAUAUAUAUAAUAUAUAUAUAGAUAUAUAUAUAUAUAUAUAUAUAUAUAUAUAUAAAUUAUGAAAGAAGGUGGAGCAACACUGCCACUUAUGACUGAGGGAAGUGUUGAUUGGUGUUGGCCAGAAAACCAAGUUAAUAUGCAUUUUACUGAUCUACCUCAGGCUAGAGUACCUCAGAAAAAAAAAAAGAAAAUGAUAUAUGAAAAAAGUUUUUUUUUUUUUUUUUUUUUUUUUUUGCUUUGUGGUAUUUUGUAUACUUUAUAAAGCUAAUAGUUCUUGAACAUUUUUAUUUUUUUAAGAAAAUGUAAAAUUUAGUCUGUAGUUAACGGAUGAUGCUCGAAUUCCGCCUUGCUCCUUCUGUCGCGCGCCAUGAAUAACUAACUGUAUAUACACACGUUUGCGCGCGUCGCACGGAUGAAAGAGCGGAGUUUGGGCUUCUGGGUUAGCUACAGAUAGGAGAAAGAAAAGAAAAGCGCCUCAGUGUCGCUGAGGAGCCACAACCCUCUGAACACCGUCAAGGUAAUGAGAAAUAACGCCACCCGUACAUACCGCAGCAAUGCCGAGCUAAUAUGCUACUAACUGUCUCGGCCACAGCAGACAUUUCACCCGCAUUUCAUUACACUUCAGUAAGGGUUGGAUGCAAGCAAUAGAGGUCAGGGAUAAGCAAGGUCCUGCUGUAACCUCUUUGACACCCCCUCAUCCUCGGCGCGGUUAGUUGUCUAUCAAAUUAAAAUAAGGACCAGCCCGAUUGAGGUUGUUUUUUCUUUUCCCGUGCUCAUCGUUUUUCCCCCUCCCUUAUCAUUUUUCCAAAUAACGCGCUCCGUUUGGUCUUGGGACGGGCUUUUUUUUUUCCUUUUUUUUUCGCAUCAAACUGGGCUUUACAUCCCGAAGAUUUUCAGUGUUUAACGUCGGUCAAUGCAUGUCAGGGGUUCGGGGAGUUACACUGUUCUGAUGCUUUUGAGUUGAUAGUUAGGUUACAAUAGUCGAGGGCGCGUCUCUAGGCUCACGAGCAGUAACGUAGAGAUGGACGCGCGAACGGUUUCACUUAUAUCUUUCGUUUAUCAUUCAAAGUGAAAAAAAGCAAAAAAAAUAUAUAUAUAUAAUGAACUUUAGCAAAGAAAAAACGUUUAGUAAAGAAACUGGGAAACCAAUAUUCCUUUUGUUUUCAUGCAGAAUGUAAAUAUGAUUUGAUUGUGGUAAAAGAGUGCAUCCACGCUUCCACACUAGUAAGGCCAUUGUCUACCUCAGCUGAGGAAAGGGUGGGCUCCGUCUCACCUGAGACCUCCAGCGCGCGCAGCGAUACCUCAAGUCCCUCGCGAACACUUCCGCACUGGGUACGCGCGUGGCGCAGAGCGCUGACCAGAGGGGCACAAGUGAUCGUUGGUUUUUUUUCCACCCUUCUCUUACACAGUGUUUGAUCUACCUCUUAUUAGAAAAGUAUUUAAAUUAGAGGCAUAUUGCUAUGUGUUAGAAUCUAUAGGGUCAUGUUCCAUCUGCCCCUUUCCUCACAGAAAAAAAAAUAUCAUAAAAAAAAAAAUCAUGUAUGGCUAGACUUUUAAAGAUGAGUGAGAAAAUGAUUUUGUUUUUGCCUGCAAUUUAUUCUCUGCUAACUGAUUUGAAACCUCACCUUAUUGCUUUUUCUUCUGCUUCUUGGUUUGGUGGUGUGGCCUUCUUGUAUUGGGCUUUAUUUCUUGCAUAAGUAUUGUAUUAAAAGUCAAAGUGUUUAUUUGGGAUCUGAUUAAUGAUGGCUAUAGAAAAGUUUGUUUUCAAGGGCCUGCUUCAUUUCUUGCUUAUGAAAUAUGAACAAUGAAGUCUUUAUUUUUUACUUUUUUCAUGUCUUAUGGAUGCUACAGGUUUUUUUUUUUUUUUUUUGACUGGGAUCUGAUCCAAUUUCAUUUCAUGGCUGUGUUGUGUGGUGAGUCAUGUUUCAGUGGGAAUGUGAUGUGGAAAUCCGGGAGCUGGAAUAGUUCCGGGGAAAAAGUGGUCCGAUUUCAGCAUGAUAAGCAACAUCCCCUUCCGACCGUGCUUGUGUGCCCUCACACACCUCCACUUGUCAAAUGCCUCUGAUACAAAGAAAAUAAUUAAAAGUCAAGUUGGCUCCUA